UGUCUCUCAAAUUAAAAUAGACGGUACACACUAACAUAAACUAUACAACAAUAUAUUUACGUAUGUAUAUAAGAUUAUUAGGUUUAGGGUUUUGCAAGACUUCCCAAUGGAUUCUGCCGGAGUAACCCAGCUUUCAGCGGAGGGUGUCAGAAACCUCCAAGAAGGAAUCAGUUUGCUUCUGUCUCGAUGGGCUGCGCUUCAGUUGGCCGUCGAGAACGAGUGGGGUGGACGCGACUCUCGCCUGAAACCCCAACACCUCGCCGACGAUAUCUUCAAUUGGCUCACCCAAUCAACAGAGCCACUAUAUAUUGAUGAUUUGGAAGACUUGCUAGACGAGUUUAUGCUCUCUCUUAAUACUGAGAUUGACGAUGGCAGUAUUGAGGAGGUAGCAGAAAAAUUAAUGGUUAUGCAUGAGGAAUGUCUUGAUGGUAAUUAUCAGUCGAUUGAAAGCCUGAAAGAACCCAAUCCUCCUGGGGGUGCUAUUCCUCCUAUCAGACAGGCUAUCAUCAGUGAUGACGAUGAUAGUAGUGAUGAUGCUCAGAGCUUGGCUGGCAAUCUCAGCCAAAGUCAAAUCACAAAGAAUGAUGAUUCAUCGGAAAUGGCAGUCGAUGGUUUGGAAUCUCAGCCAAAUUCAGAUCACAAGGAUAUGAUGGUUGAUAAUCCAAGGCCUAAUGAAGCGGCUGAAACGGAAGAUGGAUGGACGGUGGUUUCAUCUAGUAGGCGAAACAGGGGUAGAAGGAACUAGGGUGCAACUCCUACAUCCAUUGUCCUUUGUUUUUUGUAUUGUUUAUUUUCUCCUUUUCCUUUGUGAGUGGUAUGUAAUUUUUCGAGGUCUGUUCCGUGUGUCAAAAUUUUGACUUAUGCUUCAAUACUAGGCGAAGUUUUGGUGUGAUGGGGAGUGUCAUUCCAAAUGAACACAAUAGUUCCUUAAAACAUUCAAAUGGUGAGAAAGGAUUAUGGUUAUGAAGUUCCAAAAUUAUAAAUAUAUUCACAGAUAUUUAGAGAUA